AUGGUUGCUUUACAAGACAUUCUUCCAAAGCCAAAAUCUUCUGUUACUACAAAUUACGACCACUCAAACGACCCCUGGUUCAAAAGCCGGUAUAGUCUGUCCGAAUCCGAGGAAUCUGAAGCUCCCAAGGCCAAGCAAGUCCCUCCUUACCUGAAACGGGCCGGAUUUAAGCCAUCAAAGCCCGAGGAUUUCGGAGAUGGAGGUGCAUUCCCUGAAAUCCACUACGCACAGUACCCUCUUGGCAUGGGCCGUAGCACAAACCAGAAGCCUGGUGGGAAAACCUUGCCCCUCACUGUGGACGAGCACGGUAAUCUGAGAUACGACUCGAUCGUAAGGCAGAAUGAGAACUCGAAGAAGAUUAUUUAUUCCGAGCACUCAGACCUUGUACCAAUCUUCGUGAAGGAUAAGGAGAAAGAGGACGUGAUGGACGUGGAUGAGAAGCAGAAAGAGAUCGAGGAGACCACCCAAGAAACCAAGGCUGCCCUUGAAAAGAUCGUGAAUGUCCGAUUAAGUGCUGCCCAGCCGAAAAACGUCCCCACACAAUCCUCGGACUCCAAGUUCAUCAAGUACAAACCCUCCCAGCAGUCCGCGGCCUUCAACUCGGGUGCUAAAGAGAGAAUCAUCCGCAUGGUGGAAAUGCCCGUGGACCCUCUCGAGCCUCCCAAGUUUAAACACAAGAGAGUCCCGAAGGCCUCGGGCUCGCCACCUGUCCCAGUCAUGCACUCCCCUCCCCGGCCUGUGACCGUGAAGGAUCAACAGGACUGGAAGAUCCCUCCCUGCAUUUCCAACUGGAAGAACCCCAAGGGUUACACUAUACCGCUCGACAAGCGUCUGGCGGCCGAUGGGCGGGGGCUUCAGGACGUUCAGAUCAACGACAAUUUCGCAAAAUUGUCCGAGGCUCUGUAUGUUGCGGAGCAAAAGGCCAGAGAGGCUGUUGCUGUCCGGUCCAAGGUACAGAAGGAGAUGAUGAUGAAAGAGAAGGAGAAGAAAGAGAUGGAGCUCCGGGAGUUGGCCCGUAAGGCCCGAUCAGAAAGGACUGGAGUUGCUGCCGUUACUAUGCCGUCCGAGAGGACCAAUAAUGACGGUGAUAUGAGUGAACGUGCAAGGGACUUCCCGAAAGAGACGAGGGAGGAGAGAGAGGAGAGACUGCAGAGAGAGAAAAUCCGCGAGGAGCGAAGGAAAGAGAGGGAGAGGGAAAGGAGGCUGGAGGCAAAGGAUGCCGCAAUGGGCAAGAAGAGCAAGAUCACGAGGGACAGGGACCGUGACAUUAGUGAGAAAGUCGCACUUGGAAUGGCCUCGACUGGGAAUAGAGGUGGAGAAGUUAUGUAUGACCAGAGGCUCUUCAACCAGGAGAAGGGGAUGGAUUCCGGUUUUGCCACUGAUGAUUCCUACAAUAUAUACGAUAAGGGUCUGUUCAAUUCUCAGGCUACUCUGAAUACUCUGUACCGGCCUAAAAAGGAUGCGGAUGGCGAGAUGUACGGUGGAGCAGACGAGCAGUACGAGAAGCUGAUGAAGACCGAGCGGUUUAAGGCCGACAAGGGGUUCGCCGGCACAUCGCAGAAGGCGGGCUCGAGGGAUGGGCCGGUCGAGUUCGAGCGGGAUGCACCCGAGGAAGAUCCGUUUGGUUUGGACCAGUUCUUGACGGAGGUGAAGACUGGUAAGAAGGCUAUGGAGAAGGUGGGCAGUGGGGGUACUCUGAAGGCUGGUGCGGGGUCCAUGCGGGAUGACUAUGGGGGGUCAGGCAGGUCUCGGAUCGGAUUUGAAAAGGGUGGCCGUUGA